AUGGAUGUUAGCGGCGUCAGAAACAGCAUUCCGACGGAGGCAGAACACGACGGUUCAUUAGUUGCUGCGGCGAUGAUAGAGGUGGCAGUGGAGAACGGCGGCGGGUUUAGGGAAAAGAGGAAGAGAGGGCGGCCGAGAAAACAGCUGGGAGGAGGAAUCCAGCCGGAAUUUAGAGUGGUGGCGGAGGAUUCCGGGGGGCCACAAAAGCGCGGUAGAGGCCGCCCUAAGGGCUCCGGUAAAUGGCAAAUCUUGGCCGCCUCUUUUGACAUAAAGGGUGGAAGCAAUUUCUCACCUUACAUAAUCGACGUUGAGGCAGGAGAGAACAUUGCUGAAAGGAUUAGGUCAUUUUCGGAGAGGACUUGUGAUUCAGCCGAUUUUAGUAUUAUUCGCCUAAAUGGAUCGCAUACAUAUAAUGAAAAAGGAGGUGCCAAACUCUGCCUUUUGAGCGUUCACCUGGCGGAUUCCCAUAAUAACUUCUAUGGCGGCGCAGUUGCCGGCUCACUUAUCGCUGCCGGCCCCACUCAGAUUAUAGUUGGUAUAUUUAGGCAAAACUUGAAGCAGAAAGCAAGAGUAAGGUCACCAAACAACAACAUUACUAUUACUUCAAAUGAGAAUGGGAAUGGCACAGUUGAAGUUGGAGUGGGAGCAGAGAAGGAGGAAGGGGGGGCUAUGGCAAUCAUCAACGUCUCUGCGCCACACUUUAAAUCUUUUCAACCUCCAUCUUAUGUUUGA